AGCUCAUAUGAAAAGACCAAAUACAAAUACAUACGAAAAAUGAAAAUAUACAAAGUGUUGUAGUACAUGACAAUAUUCUCUAUCAUCAUCGUCCAUAGUUUUGUCCCACUUCUUCUUACCUCAUUUCUUUAUUUCAAGUUCAAACCUUUUCAUGUCCCUCUCCAUCAAAUUAAUUCCCUCAACCCUUCUUAACUCUUAAUCUUAUUUUCGUAUUUAUUUAAUAAAACUACCAAUAACUGUCGGAACCGCAUUUCUCCUGAAUUUUCCGUCAGGAACUUCGUUAGGGUUAAUCGGAGAGACUGGUGGUUUUUUUAUUUACAAGACCGGUGUUUCUUAACGUUAACCGGGUGCGUAGGAUUAGGAACUUAAAAAAAACGAGUGGUGUUUGUUUUAAUCAGGAGCGUACACGUGUAACAAGAUGGGAGCAGAAGUUAUGAUGACGUGGGGCACCUGGGAGGAGCUACUCCUUGGUGGAGCUGUUCUCCGGCACGGAACUCGAAAUUGGACCGUCGUCGCCGCCGAGCUCCGAGCCCGAACCCUUUCUCCGUACGCUAUAACACCCGAGGUCUGUAAAGCCAAAUAUGAAGAUUUGCAACAUCGCUAUUCAGGGUGCACGGCUUGGUUUGAGGAGCUUAAGAAGAAGAGAGUAGCGGAGCUUAAGAGAGCUUUGGAGCAAUCCGAAGAUUCAAUUGGGUCUCUUGAAUCAAUGCUUGAAUCUCUUAAGGCUGACAAGAAUGAGAAAAGAGACGAUUGUCGUGUUGACAAUGACUCAGUUGGGCUGGAAUUACAAGUUCCUUUGCAGAAAUCAGAAAGAGUCGAAUCUUCCACUAAAGAGAUGUCAAAGGAUGGGCUAUCGGCUGGGAGUUUUACACAUCAAAGCCAGACAAACUGGUCUCAUGAAUGCCACAUUCCAGCAAUGUCUUCUGAAGACAUGGAGAUUAAGCCGGAAGGUUCAGGGUCUAUUGAACAUGAGAAAGUUUUGAAUGUAGAUAAGCUGACACAUACUUUAUAUGAAACACAGGGAGGGAGUUUUAAAAAACGGAGAGGGAAGAGAAAGAGGAAGGAUUGUGGAAGAAAGAUCAACGAAGCAAGUGUAAGAGAAAGUGACUUCUCAUUUGAUGCGUCUUGGUUUAAAGAAAGUUCUACCAGCAACUGUGGUGAGGUUGUCAAAUCUUCUGGUAUAACUGAGGAGAACACAAAGUUGAAAAAGGAUGAAAUGAAAGAUAUGAUGGAGAUUUUAGAUUCUGUUUUGGAAAUUAAAGGCGCAUUUGCCUUCUGUCGCAAGCAUGAUAGUCAGAAGCGGGCAAGGUACAGGAUGUUAAUCCGGAGGCACAUGGAUUUUGACGCUAUAAGGUCAAGAAUUAGCAACCAAACAAUUAAUUCAGUGAUGGAACUUUUCAGAGACAUGCUUCUACUGGCCAACAAUGCUUUGGUCUUCUACUCCAAGAACACUCGGCAAUAUAAAUAUGCGCUACUCCUGAGAGACAUCGUCACACAAAAGCUGAGGGAAAAUGUCAAGUUUUUCAGUAGGAGUGUCAUGCAUGCUAAUGUCUCUAACUCUAUCAUAUUACCUGUUCACGAUUCUUCUUUGAAUGUCAGAAGUGUACGCUCUGGUAACCGAAAGAUCAUUGUUGCAGAGGCAGCUGAUGGCAGCAAUCCUGCUAUUGCAAUCUCAAAUGGAGCCAAGAAGCCUAGUAGUAAAGAGGAUUCCCCAUGUUCAGUGAAAACCUUACACAUCAAGAAAGCUUUUGGUGGACCUAAAAAACUUGAACCCGCAACACCAAUGAAGGAAAUGAAGGAAAAGACAAGAAGGAGAACCAAGUAACGAUGCUUAAGAUUUGGCUCCUAAAAAAUUUCUUUUGUACAAAGGUUUUGCAUGCAUUUAGGGUGGCGUUUUUGACGCGAAAUCACACGUUCCAAUGUAGGAAUGCAGAGGGAACAGUGUGUUCCGAGCUUGUGAUUUCGCGUCUUAACUUUUGCAUUAAAUACUCACUCUCCCUAUUUUGUUAGACUUUCAUAGCGAUGAACUUUCAUGCAAUCACAAGGAAUUAGGACAGGCAGCGCGAGGGAAACUAACUACUUAAAACAUAUAUUAAUAUAUGAAAAAUAGUUCUAGAUUACAGUAACUAAUCUAGCUAGGUAAGUUUCCAAAUACAGUAGGCGGUUUUAAAUCUAUCAGUAAAUCUUUUGUAGUUUGUAAAUGUGAAUUUCCUUUUUACCAAAAGGAAGUAUAUUAUUUUAAAUGGAGAAGUGCACAUCGGGCAUAUAUACAUCUUCAUGUUUGCCUGUGCUCAUUUGCAAUUUCUUA